CUCCCCCUUCUACGGCUUAAACCCUAACGCUGGCUAUUUUCUCUCGUAACCCUAAGCCCUGAGCUCCCUCUUCUCAGAAACGAGGAGGAAGAAUGGCUUCUCAUUCCUUGAAGAAGAACUAUCGGUGUUUUCGCUCUCUGCAACAGUUCUAUGGCGGAGGGCCUUUCGCUGUUUCGUCGGACGGGUCGUUCAUCGCUUGCGCUUGUGGCGACGCCAUAAAUAUCGUUGACUCUUCGGACUCGUCGGUGAAGUCGACCAUAGAGGCCGAGUCGGACUCUUUCACUGCCUUGACGCUCAGUCCCGACGACAAGCUUCUCUUCUCCGCGGGACACAGCAGACAAAUCCGGGUUUGGGAUUUGGAGACAUUGAAAUGCAUUCGAUCUUGGAAGGGCCAUGAUGGUCCUGUGAUGGGCAUGGCAUGCCAUGCCUCCGGAGGAUUGCUAGCAACUGCAGGAGCUGAUAGGAAAGUUCUUGUUUGGGAUGUCGACGGUGGUUUCUGCACUCACUAUUUCAAAGGUCAUAAAGGAGUUGUGGCAAGUAUAAUGUUUCAUCCUGAUGCAAGCAGAAACAUCCUUUUCUCUGGAGGCGAUGAUGCAACUGUGCGUGUCUGGGAUCUUAUGGCAAAAAAUACUGGGAAAAAAUGUCUUGCCACUUUGGACAAUCACUUUUCAGCGGUGACUUCAAUUGCUAUAUCAGAGGAUGGAUGGACUUUGCUCAGUGCUGGAAGAGAUAAGGUUGUAAACUUAUGGGACCUUCAUAACUAUAGCUGCAGGGCAACAGUAGCAACAAAUGAGGUGCUUGAAGCUGUGGCAACUAUUCAUCCUGGGACGCUUUUUGCUACAUUUGUAUCGUCUUUGGAUCUGAAGACUAAGAAGAAAAAAAAUGUUUCACAAGGAACACAUUUUAUCACAGUCGGUGAACGUGGGGUUGUGCGCAUCUGGAAUUCUGAAGGUUCAGUUUGUCUUUAUGAGCAAAAGUCAUCAGAUGUUACUGUCGGCUCAGACACAGAUGAAUCCAGAAGAGGAUUCACGUCAGCCGCUAUGUUGCCAUCUGAUCAGGGGCUGCUUUGUGUUACUGCUGAUCAGCAGUUCCUUUUCUACUCAAUCGUGGAAAAUGCAGAAGCUUCAGAUUUUGUCCUAAGCAAAAGGCUUGUCGGAUAUAAUGAGGAGAUAGCCGAUAUGAAAUUCCUAGGUGAAGAAGAGCAAUUUCUGGCAGUAGCCACAAAUCUGGAGGAGGUUCGUGUUUAUGACACUACAACAAUGUCAUGUUCAUAUGUGUUAGCUGGCCAUAAGGAAGCUGUUUUAUCUCUUGACACUUGUGUAUCCAGCCACGGAAGUGUUCUAAUCGUGACUGGAAGUAAAGACAAAAGUGUAAGAUUGUGGGAUUCAGCUAGCAAAGCUUGCAUUGGAGUAGGUAUGGGUCAUAAUGGUGAUGUCUUAGCUGUUGCUUUUUCGAAGAGGUCAUGCAAUUUCUUUGUCAGUGGCAGCGGUGAUCGCACACUAAAGGUCUGGAGCCUUGACGGUAUCUCAGAGGACUUGGAGCAGCCUAUUAAUCUGAAAAGUAAAGCUGUCGUGGCUGCCCAUGAUAAAGACAUCAACUCUGUGGCUGUUGCUCCAAAUGAUAGUUUAGUUUGCACUGGAUCUGAGGACCGCACGGCAAGUGUGUGGAGACUACCGGACUUGGUCCAUGUUGUGACACUUAAAGGACAUAAAAGGAGGAUUUUUUCUGUUGAGUUCUCUCCUGUUGAUCAAUGUGUAAUAACUGCUUCGGGUGAUAAAACAGUAAAAAUAUGGGCUUUAUCUGAUGGUUCAUGCCUCAAAACAUUCGAAGGGCACACAUCAAGUGUACUCAGGGCCUCAUUCAUUACCCGUGGAACCCAAUUUGUCUCAUGUGGCUCCGAUGGUUUGCUAAAACUUUGGACCGUCAAAACUAGCGAGUGUGUUGCCACAUAUGAUCAGCAUGAAGACAAGGUAUGGGCUUUAGCUGUUGGAAAGAAGACAGAAAUGCUUGCAACUGGUGGUAGUGAUGCAGUUGUCAAUUUGUGGCAUGAUUCAACUGCUUCUGAUAAAGAAGAAGCCUUCCGGAAAGAGGAAGAAGCUGUCUUGAGAGGCCAAGAGCUAGAAAACGCCGUUUUAGAUGAAGAAUACAGUAAAGCCAUAAGACUAGCCUUUGAGCUUCGCAAGCCUCGCAGACUUUUUGAACUGUUUGCCGGCCUCUGCAGAAAAAGGGAGUCAGAAGAACAGAUAGUAAAGGCACUCCAAGGACUCGAAAAGGAAGAAUUCCGUCUACUUUUCGAGUACGUCCGGGAAUGGAACACAAAGCCAAAGCUUUGUCACAUUGCUCAGUUCUUGCUCUUUCAUGCCUUCCGCAUACUUCCUCCAACCGAACUUGUCCAGAUAAAAGGCAUGGGAGAACUCCUGGAAGGUCUCAUCCCAUAUUCUCAGAGACAUUUCAACAGGAUUGACAGAUUUGUAAGAAGCACGUUUCUCUUGGACUACACGCUCGGCGAAAUGUCUGUGAUCGACCCAGAAGCAGAAACCGAUUCGGCAGCGGAAAACGAAAAGAUGGAAGGGUCGAACGGUAUGAUUGAUUCCGGGCUUGGAAUGGAUCAAGAAUCAGAAGAGUUGAAUGAGAAACCUUCUAGGAAAAGGAAGUCGCAGAAACCCAAAGAUAGAUCGAACAAGAAGAAGAAAGCUAAAGGAGUUCACUUAAACGCUGCAUCAAUAGCGGUAGAGGUCUAAGCGUUUUGCUUAAAACUAAAUUUUUGAUGAAAUUACAUUAACAUUUGUUCAGUGUUGUUUUUACAUCACAAAUCACAAAUGGGACUAGAAUCUUGUGUUAUUAUACACGUACGUCAAGAAACACCAGCAUAUUUGUGUAAUACACCUGCAAUUUGUGUCACCUUUUCAUUA